AUGUUCGACUUGAUGCGAUUACAAAAUGGCAGAACCAACAAGUGAUUUGUUCUUUUUCAAUUACUCGGCGAAACAAGCAGUAGUAUACCGUUUCACGUUUCACGUGGUCACGUGGUCCUUACAUUUACGCGGGAACAGUAAAUAAAAAAAAAGUAAGGUUAUGUAAAAAAGUACUGAAUUGUGUGACAGAACAUAGAUUUUAUGAUCUCUGAUUGUGAAUUCGAACUUCGUUUCAUACAUUCAAAACAAUAACCUAUUUUUUGCCAAGUUUAAGAAUUCUAUUCUAAAUCAUUUGCAAUUUGCAAUCGAGUUAUCGUGUCGACUUCGUUGAAAUUUUGUGACAGAAAUAUACUGUCUGAAUAUUCGAAAAUGAUGUAGUGUAAACAGCUACGUUUGCUUUGACAACAAAAAAAUUUGCUCGAAGGAAAAUCAACAAUGUCAAUUACUGCAGAGUUUGUGCCCACUAAUUUUGAGAUUCUCGAUUUUUAUGCCGAGGAAAUGUGUUUCGCUUGGACGAAGGAUGAAUUCGUAAUAUUUCCGUAUGGCAAGCCAUUACCAACUUCACCGCUUCCGACUCAUCGUGCACCGCGUGAAAUUAAAGGUUUCAGAUGUUUCAGUGGCAGAGUCUUUGUGAUCUGCAACCCCUACGGAAUUUACAAAUUCCGUAAAAUUUUCAAGCUCAUCACGUUAAGUUCUGAUGGCUUAUCGCAUGGUCCACAUUAUUAUGAGGUUUUUGUACCUGAAAACAAAUGGCUACUUUCCUCUAACAAAUUAACCAAAAUGAACAGGAAAUUGUUCAAACUCCAGCCGCUACCGAAUGGAACUUAUAAUUUACAAGACCUAAUACUCAAUGCUAAAAAUUCCGAAUUGAGUCUUCGGCAAGCUAUCUACUCUGAUGAAAAUUGUAUCGAGAAUAUUAGCAUUGUUGUUAAUAACAAAAGAGUCUUCAGUGUAACCAGCAGUGAAACACUACUCAUACAUCAAAGCGAACACGAAAUUCUUCAAAUUGUAGGAAUUUUCAGAUGUGAAGUCAUCGCCGGUUUUAUACUCGUUAUGCACGAAUCUGCUGUCUUAGCUUACGUGAAGGGAGGAAAACUAGUGUUUGACAAGGUAUAUCUAGGAGGCAACGUCCAGGACUUAUGUGCCGGAAUGAACAACGGCUUAGAGAAUUCUAUAUGGCUGGUGCACAUAGAUGACACAGGGAUUCACUACUGGCUCAAGUCGAUAAAUGAGAACACAUUCCGCAAGAUAAAAAUGGAAUACCGGAGAUUUGUAGCAAUCCGAAAUUACAAAUGCAAGUUGGUGAUAUGUCUUACUGUCUCGGGCCAACUUGUGGAAUUCAGUGUGGACACAUUAAAAGCAGCGGAACAGGAAGAAUUCGUUGGUCUGAAGUCAGAAAUGCUGAAAGGUACAGAAGAGAUAAUGAAUGCAAUAUGUGCUAGAGCAAAAGAGUUGCAAAAUUGGAACGAGACGUUGCUUCAAGAACAAGAAAAACUCAAAAAGAUCAAUAUUUAUUCGCACAAACAAAAAAUCGCGUGUUUGCCAGAUAUUCGUGUCGAACGAAUCGCUGGACGAGAAUUCGUCAGAAUAAAAUUUGACGUUGCAAUGCCUUUAAAUAGUUACGUAGCUGUGGCUCUUGUCACUGACAAACGAGUUAUCUAUUGCAUAAAAUUGGUUAAAGACACAGAAACUACUCUUGAUUUGAGUUUGAACAAUGAAAAAUUCGAUGAGAGUACAACGAUUCAAAUUGAUUUUGUUACUCUCGUCGAAGAAUCGAAAGUCUGGUACGUAAUCAGAGACUACAUUAAAAGUCCAAAAACUCCCAACCAUGCACAAGUGCCUAACAACAAAAUUAAAUUUAUAAACGCGAAACUCGCAGCUCUGCGCAAUUUGACUAAUAAAAACGGUAUCACAAUGAAAAAACUUUGUGCUUUUAAAAAAACAAUUCGCAAAGAGCUCAGUCACUUCUGAAAAGUUACGUGAGUUCACUUGUUCGUUUUUAACUUAUUAUUUAAGUGGGUAUAGUGAAUUAUAUUCAUGUUAAUGAGAAACAGAACUGAAGAUUGAAUGUGAGCCUUUAAAUGGAAACUUACCUCGCACUUCAUUUCGAUGUUCAUCACUGCAUUGGAACUGAAUUGAGUUAUGAAUAAUUUUCCCAGCCAAAAAAAAUCAACUGUUACAACUUGAGGAAAAUUGAAAAAUUGUACGGUAUAACUUCUUAUUUUAAUCAUUGGUAGAAACUUUGAAUCUACUUCAAUGACAAGAAAAAGACUGACUAAUAAUGAUGGAUAAAAAAAUGGACACAGACAAUUUUACUAACAUAAAAUUCAAGUCUGUUUUGUAUUAUUAUUUUGUACACAAUAUUUUGAAAAGAUAUUUUUUGUCUUAAAUUGUAUCGUAUGAUUAAUCAAUUCAAACGCUACAAACCGUGAAGAAUAGUAUUUACGCGCAAUUUGAGACAGACGCGAGGAUUGCGUCACUUGUGGCUACAAAAAUCACAUUCUAAUUUUGGAUUAGUAGCUUCCUAUUGAUAUUGAACGGAGACCCUGUUUAUCUGUGCCUCAAUUUAAGAGAGGAAAAUUCAUUGUCAUGGCUACACCAAAAAAUAGAGUGUCAAAUUUCACUAAACACAUGAAUGUGAUUUUCAAAGUGCAAAUUCUGUGAUUUCAGAUUUGAAAUUCCUUUUUUCGCUACACGGUUCUCUGCAUAAACUGUCUCUGAAAUUUGUAUUUUUUUUUUUUAUUGAGUAUUGUAAAUCAUAUCAUAAAAGUCUUGCAAAUAAAGAAAAAUAUUUUAUGAAUAUUCAAAAUAUUUGCAGAAUUCGUAAUGGCAUUGUUAAUAACACGGGAUACUCAACCACUCUACGUGAAUUGUUUCUAGAAAAUACAUUUAUUCUUGUAUAAUAGUUCGAAUUUACAAAAUUGUACAUUUUGGGAGAGGGAAAAUGGGAAUUUAUGUUUAUCCAGUAUGCAUAUGUUAUACUAUAUUUACACAAUCUUAAAUCGACAUCGAUCUGAUCGUUUUCACGAAAAAAAUUCACACACCUUGAAUCAGUUAUACGCGAAAAAGAAAUUUUACAAUGAAAUAUAUAUUAUUUAUAUUUUUUAUAUAUCAAUUAUUUGUAUUUUUUAUAAAUACUGUAUAAGUUUUAAAUAAAAAUAACUUUAUUUUUUGUAAGUCGUAAAAAUAUAAAAAAUAUAUAUUUCUUUCGUACAACUUGAUAUUCGCCCACAAUAUAUUUUGCAGACAGAAAUUAUAUGGUUCAUUAAUUUUUUUCGUGGCCGAGCUGACGAAGUCGCGUAUGAUUUUUUUCAUAGCUGAAUAUGACAUUGUACAAUGUAUUUCUUAAGGGUGCGUAUAGUAUUAAUUAUGCCAAAAAUUUUAUAUUGGAUCAAGAUACCAACGAUCCGGAAUUGUAGGAAAAUCUGGAAAAAAAUUGCCACUGUCUGAAACUUCACGAAUAUCAAUUUUCAGUAGUAGAUCGGAGUGUUUAGUUUUCCUCAGAAAAAAUGUAGGAUAUUGGAGAAAAUAUUCUUUGCAUAUUCAUACACAAUUGUUUUCGUUGUCGUCGCAUACAAUGAUUUUUGUGUUCUUUUUGAGUCCAGCUGUAUUUUUCAAAACUAUCAUUUCCUUUUAAGGUCGUCUGAAUACACGAAUCGCGAGAUUUGCUAAGGUAUUCGUCAAAAAAUUGUGCAGCAUUAUCAACUUAAAAUUUCUAAGGCGUAAGAAAAAGCUGCUCACAAAAAGGAUAGUCUAAAAAAAUAUUAAUUUUUUCGAUGAAUUUGACAAAUUUAUUUCAUGCCAUCAGAUAAUGUGAUCAUCUAGUUAUUUGUUAUUUUGUUUCAGUUAUUUGUGAAAAAAAUUGAUCUCGUUCAUGCAUUUUAGUCUCGGAGAUAGUAGAAUUCUUCCAAUUUUUUCUCUACAACUGUUAAGAUGUGAAAUUUUAGUAGAAUAAAAUUAUUGGCAUAUUUAGAUGUGGAGGAGACUGGAGCUAGUUAAGCAACGGGGCAAGUUAACUAAUAAACAAUAAAAUCUAAACUACGUAAUGUAAACAUACGCCUGGUUGAUAUAAUUGUUCAUUGUAACCUCUUUCUCACUCCUGUGGGAAGAAUUUUCAUAAAUCUAGAUACAAAACCAAACUUUUACAUCAAUUUUAUAUAUCUCUUGCUGCCUUAAUUUUUCUUCCAAUUAUUAGAAUAAUCCUCUACAUCAAUUUUCAUAUAUUGAACUAUAAUUGUGCAUAGUAUUUUUCUCAAUUAUCGCUAUAAUUUGCUGGUAGAACUUUUUGUUAUUAAAAAAAGCAGUAUGAGGUAAGUAGGUCAACAGUGGUAUGGUGUUGGCUAAUACAUGUGUCGACACACAUGAGUGCUCUAAAUGGGCCCACUCAAGGUGUGCCAGUAAAAAUAUAUUUUAUGUGUGUAAAAACUGCAAUUCUGAUUUUGAUGACGAGGAUGAGGAUCAAUAUUCCUUUUUCUCACACUUACAGACAAAAAUUAUCUUUACAUUCACUUAUGUCAACAUUUUGUAUUCAUUGUUCGAAUCAUCAAAUAAAUAAUAUUGAUAACUA